AUGACCGACAUGCACAUAGGGAAGGCUGCCAACGUCGGUCACGUUGAAAUCGCCCAGCAGACUAAUAAUGUCUACGACACAGAUGUAGAGAAAGACUCGUGCCUCAAAGACCUUUAUAUCACUAACCCCAGCGCCGAUAAAAAACGGAUUGAACGUGACAAGGGCGGUCUGCUUAAAGACUGUUACAGCUGGAUUCUAUACAAUGACAAUUUCGUGCAAUGGCGCGACGAUCCAGAACAACACUUACUCUGGAUCAAAGGCGACCCCGGAAAAGGCAAGACGAUGCUUCUAGCUGGGCUUAUUACAGAGCUAGAGAAAACGUCACAUGACGGUAUCUUUUACUUCUUCUGCCAAGCUGCACGGCCUUCCCACCGAACUGCAUCAAAUGUGCUUCGCGGGAUCAUUUGGUUUCUCGUCAGCAAGCGACCAGGUUUAAAAUCUUAUGUUCGCAGGGAAUAUGAUCAAGCUGGUUCAAAUAUUUUCACCGAUCAUAACGCUUGGUACGCACUAUCAGGGAUCCUUACCGCCAUCCUCGAAGAUAAGACAUCUGCAGAUUAUAUCAUCAUUAUUGAUGCCUUGGACGAGUGCAUCGAAGGUCGCGAGAAACUUGUUGGCUACAUUAGUCAGUGUUUAAUCUCAUGCAAAGCCAAAUGGGUCAUCUCUAGCCGCAACUGGCCUGAGAUAGAAUCACAGCUUGAUGCAACGCAAAGUCAAGUUCAAUUACAACUGGAACUCAACCACGCUUCGAUCUCAAAUGCUGUCCUCAAAUUCGUUGAUAGCAAGAUCGACCGGCUCAAUUCAACAUAUGAUCGGCCUAAUCGAGAGCGUAUCCGCAAACAUCUUCUUGAUAACGCGAAUGAUACAUUUCUUUGGGUUGCUUUGGUAUGCCAAGAACUGGGAAAGCCCGGUGUCAAUAACUACCACAGUUCCAACAUCCUAAAACGCUUCCCUGCUGGACUGAACGAGCUUUACGCAAGGAUGAUAUGCGACAUCAAAGAGCAAGAUAUGGACUGGUGUAGAGCUAUCCUUGCCGCGAUUGCUGUUGCUUUAAGGCCCCUGAGUCUACAGGAGCUAGCCGCGGCUGACGGAAUUCUUACUGAGUGGGUUGAAGACAAGAAAACUCUAUCAAGCCUCGUUACAUCCUGUGGCUCCCUCUUGACUAUACGAGAGAAUAAAGUCUACACUGUCCAUCAGUCGGUCAAUGAUUUCUUACGCGAUACACCCAAGAUCUUACCUUCAGGUAUAGGACAACAACAUUACUUCAUUUUCGACUGUAGCCUAAAUGUCAUGCACGAUAGGCUCCAUCGAAAUCUCUACAAACUCAAAGACAGUUGUGCCUUGAUCGACGAGAUAGAUGUUUUAGAAGGCUCGUCUCUGACUAUUAUUGGAUAUGCCUGCGUCUACUGGGUUGAUCACUUCUGUUCAUGGCUUCUGACCGACAAUCAACACCAAAACAACUUCUGUUAUACUAUGAUAACCCAGUUCUUGGAGAAUAAGUACCUCUACUGGCUUGAGGCUAUGAGUCUGUUGCGGUGUACCUCAGAGGCAAUCGAGGCAAUGCAGAGACUGGAAGAUAAGUUGGAGGGUAGAGUUUCUGACGAGCUAAAGCUUUUGGUCAAAGACGCUGUACGUUUCGCUUCUAAACACAGAACCAUCAUGGAUGUUGCACCACUUCAACUCUAUGACUCGGCUUUAAUAUUGACCCCCCAACUCAGCAAGAUCAAAGGAUGUUUCAAUCAGGAAAUCAACAAAUUCAUAGAUGUAUUCUCCCCCAACUUCCAACGUUGGGAUGCCUGUCUCCAGACUAUUCCAGGUAUAGCAAGUCGAUUCGAUAACUCGGCCAUAUGCGAAUUUUCACCUGAUGGUGGGCAGGUUGCAACGAUCAACAGUAACGCCGACAGUUUACUCUUGAUGGACGCUUCCACUGGUGGACUUGUCAAGUCGAUUGAAUCUCCGGGAGGUCGCCUGCACAAAUUUACAUUCUAUCCAAGCGGAGAUCAUCUUGUCACAUUAUCUGGCGACACAAGAGACGAAACAAGACUCUCCAUCUUCCAUCUGCCUAACGUGGAACGCAGUAAAUCCUUCACAUUUCUCAAAAGUAGCGGAUCAACCAUUCUAUCCGUGUCUCCAGACGGAAAAUUACUUGCAAUAGCAUCAGACUACCACACCGUGGACAUUUGGCAUAUGGCGAGCGAAACAAAAGUGGACAGCUGCCAUACAAUACCAGGCUGCUUUAUCCUGUAUAUUUUCUGGAUAAAUAUUCCUUCGCAUCCACAGGCUCUCUUAAUUCUAGGAUGGGACGAUAUUUCUAUUUGGGGUCUUGAUACGAGACAUCAAGCGUCCAAGCUAAUGUCGCUGAAGGGCAUAGAACUUUCUUACGCUGCCACGAUUAGCCGUGAUCGGGCAUGCUGUGCGGUAUUCCAAGGUCGGAAAGAGCUCGUAUUGUACUCUUGGGGGUCAUCCAUAACCGUGCAGAAGAUUGCGCGAUUCGACCGAAUGAAGUAUGUAAAUGAUGCAUCAUGGGUAGCCGAUGGCCGUUUAAUAGCCCUUUGUGGUGACUUCGGCAUCGAAUUAUGGGAUUUAGAAGCGAAGAGACUGGUAGCGCAGGUACGGGGCGAUCCUGCUAAGACAAUAUGCUAUGGAAGGAAUCGCCAACUUGCUUCGCUCGGGUUUCAAAACGGCACUCUCAAGAUUUGGAGCCUGGACACAAUCUUGAGCCAUUCGAAACCUACCACCCAACAGUCUGCCAGCAUAGUCAGGGCGUUUAUCACAUCGCCAAGUGGCAAGGUCGCUGUCAUCAGUAACAACGCAAAAUUCGACAUGUUAAGCAUAGUAGUCGAUGGCAGAUUUCACCAUCUCCCCAAGACACUUCAAAAUUCGCCUCCAGCGGCAUAUUACACAACUGAGUCACUAGUAUUUGGUCACGACGACUACUUUGCUGUGGCCACCAACCUUGGUGCCAUUGAUGUGUUUAAUUUCGACCACGAUACGGGCCUCUACUAUUGCGAGCGACGCAUUGGAGAGCACUCGACUGAUAGGAUCCGUUUCAAUGACUGUACGAUCAUACAAUUUUGGUCACAAGGGCAGAUCAUGACUUUGGAUACUCGCAUAAGAUUCUGGGAUCUAAAGACAGGCAUAUGCUCGCGGGUAUUAUCUAUCCCCAUUGAAUCUUGGAAUAUUAGAUCAGCCGUUACAGCCGACGGCCGAGUAGCUAUGGCCGAACGUUUGUACAGUGCUUGGAUAGUGAUAUGGGACAUCAUGAACGGAAAGGAAAUCCAACAUUUUGAGCUUGGAGGUCUCCUAAACCAUCCAGACUUGGUUUUCAGCCUUUCACUCGAUUCUCGUGGUAUAUUGGCGAUCUGCACUCAACGUUAUAUAUUCAUUGGAAAUGCGAACGACGGUACCUGGAUUCGGGGUUACUCUUUGUCGGCCGUCGUUCCACGUAUGACAUUUUUGACCCCCGGGCUACGGCUCGACACGGGCUUUGGCGUUCUCAAAUACGAUUUAAGAGAUGAUGGUUCUGAUGACAUACCGAGAUUGGUUGCAGAUGAUUAUUGGGACCCGCGGUACCUUAGACUAUCAUAUACGAAAUCUGAGGCCUGGCUUAUGAAAGGCUCUAGGAGGAUAUUGUGGAUUCCUCGCCAGGAUGUCGAUCCAAAACGGUUCUCGAUUCAAACAGACUUGGAGACAGUAUACCUUGAUGUAUUAUAUUCGUCUCAACCUGGGUUCCAUUUAACAUCAUCGCCUGGGAACUUGGUCCUCAUCUUCAACUCAAUCUGUCUAGGUCUCUUCUUAAGCAUCGAUGAAGUCAAAGAGUAUCUUGUGUCAAUUUGUGCUCUUUACCUUUGUGUUGGGACUGCAGCUCUUUUUACCCCUCAACCUUAUCACCUCGUCACAAAAACUAGGUCUCUUUCAUAA